AUGGAACGUCUACAGCAACGAGUUGAACGAGAAGAACGUCGUCAGGACCAGCAGAGCGGCGGCUUGCUGAUCAUGGACCUCGAUGGACUUUCAUUUAGCACUACCCUUCUGUCAGUUUUAGCAGGGCCGUAUCGAAUACUAUGGGGAACGCUGUUCGAGCAAUAUCCACAGCUUAUACAGCAGAUUAUCAUCAUCAACGCACCGAAAUUCGUCAAUCUCCUAUAUCAGACAUGCAUUCCAUUCAUACCUAAUGAUUAUCGG